AUGAGAUACGGCGGCAUUGACUUGCGCGAUUACGGGAAGUGCACGACCAGCGGUGCUCUUGGCGACGAGCCAGGCGCUUCUCAUCACCAACUUCGGAGCUGCUCAUCGGGUACGAAUGCUGCUGGACUCGGGGGUAUUCCUCUAGCGGAUCCAGAUUUCUCAGUUCCGGAUGCGGUGGAUCUCAUACUGGGCGCAGAUGCAUACGGGAAACUGGUGCGUUCUCAAAUUCGACGCGGGUCUCCUGAGGAACCCAUCGCACAAAAUACGAUAUUCGGGUGGGCAAUAUUCGGGCCCUGCAACGAAGCUCACAAUUCGUCGGGUUGGGUACAGCAUGCCGCUGUCGAUCACGGGUUUCAGGCUCUCCAGGACCUCCUCGCGCAAUUCUGGGUGCAAGAGGAGGUGCCAGUGCAGUUCGGAUCGGAUCUCACACCGGAAGAGCAAGAAUGUGAGGCUCACUUCGUUGCUACACAUUCUCGGGACAAUUCGGGUCGAUAUAUCGUUCGGUUGCCUCUUCGGUCGUCCGCAAUCCAGCUCGGUCAGUCGUUUCAUACGGCGCACGCUUGCCUCAAUCGGCUCGUACGAAAGCUCGACCGGGACUCUCACUACAAGGGACUUUACGACACAUUUCUCGGGGAGUACGAGUCCCUCGGUCACAUGUCGCGGGUGCGGGACGACGAAGUCGGUCGGGAUCGGGUCUAUUAUCUCCCUCAUCACGGGGUCUUGACGACAAAACUUCGGGUAGUGUUCAACGGGUCGUGUAACACGGAUUCCGGGACCUCAUUAAACGAUCUCAUGCACACGGGCGCCAAAUUACAACGGGACAUUUCGGAUGUUCUCCUCUGGGCACGGCGCCACCGAUUCAUUUUCGCGACUGACAUAGUCAAAAUGUUUCGGCAAAUUCGGGUUCAUCGGGACGAUUGGGAUUUACAGCGAAUUCUUUGGGUGGAUGAAAACGGGAACACGGCUCAUUAUCACCUGACUACAGUCACCUACGGGACACGGUCAGCUCCGUUUCUCGCGGUACGGGUGCUGCUCCAACUGGUAGCAGACGAAGGGGAGAAAUAUCCGGCCGCAGUCGCUCCUCUUACAAUGGGGCGAUAUGUGGACGAUAUUUACGGGGGGGCUGACCAAAUUUCGGAACUUCUCACCCAGGCGCGACAUCUCAUCGGGAUUUGCACGGCGGGCGGCUUCCCGCUGGCAAAAUGGCAGAGCAACAGUCCGGCUUUACUCACAAAUCUGGGGUUCGGGUCGAGUCCAGAGGAUUCACGCUCAUUCGACGAGUGCGAAACAAAAGUUCUCGGGCUCGCAUGGUUUCCGGGGCCGGACGUCUUCAAAUUCACCUCACUUCCGUACACGGGCGGGCAAAGCAUCACCAAACGGGUCAUACUCUCGGAAAUUGCUCAGAUCUACGAUCCUCUCGGGUUCCUCUCACCGGUGGUCAUUCGGGCAAAAAUCCUUCUACAACGGUUGUGGCUGGAAAAACUCGCUUGGGACGACCCCGUAUCCACGGAGGUCGGAAAAUCAUGGGUCACAUUCCGUCACGAUCUGGCUCACCUCGGGAACAUCGCGGUUCCGCGGUGGCUCAACAUGACCUCGGAUUCCACCGUCGGGAUUCACGGGUUCUCUGACGCCUCACAGUUGGCAAUGGGUGCGGUCGUGUACGUUCGGGUUACGGGUCCGGGAAAGAGCACCAGAACCGCGCUGGUCUGCUCGAAAACGAAAGUCGCGCCGAUCAAACGGCUCACCAUUCCGCGGUUAGAGCUCGCCGCCGCGUUAUUGGUCGCCAAACUCGCGAAAUACGUUCGGGAUACGUUGCAACUCCGGGAUUCGCGGGUAUAUCUGUGGACGGACUCCACAGUCACGCUUACAUGGGUCACCUCUCAUCCUUCACGAUGGAAGGAUUUCGUUCGGAAUCGGGUAUCCUCAAUUCAAGAGCUCAUUCCUCAGGGUCAAUGGAGAUUCAUUCCCGGGCGGGACAAUCCGGCGGAUUGUGCUUCACGGGGACUAACCGUCUCUCAGCUCGAGCAAUUUCAAUUAUGGUGGAACGGGCCACACUGGUUAGUCAAAUCAUCCUCACAUUGGCCAACUCAUUUCACCGGGACGGCAGAUUCAGCGGCGCUCGAAGAGCGGCCAGGUCUUACGCUCACUGUCUCAACGCAACCCUCACCGGUCUUCGACCUCAUUCAUCGGUAUUCCUCCCUCACCAGGCUGUUGAGAAUUACUUCAUUACUUUUCAAGGCGCUUACAAACCUGAAAGGUGCGGGUCAGGAUUCAUCGGGCUCACUCCUCACACCGGGAGACCUGGAACACUCACAACAAUACUGGGUCAAGGCAAUUCAAGGGGCCUACUUCGCGACGGAGCUCAAGAUUCUCUCGGCGGGUCAAACGCUUCCGAAGUCGCAUCCAUUCACACGGCUUACGGCGUUUAUUGAUUUUCACGGGACCAUACGGGUGGGGGGACGGUUGAAGCUCUCAGCCUUACAACCUGAGAGCAAACAUUCAGCCAUCCUCCCGCGGGACUCACCACUCACGCGUCUACUCAUCUCGGACGCUCACACGCGCACGCUACACGGGGGGACGCAGGCAACUCUGGCGUUUCUGCGCCAGCGGUACUGGAUAAUCGGAGGUCGGGCCCCGGUUCGUUCCUUCAUACUGCGAUGCGUGCAUUGCGCGCGCCUUCGGGCGCAUCGGGCACAGCAGCUCAUGGGCCAGCUGCCUUCAACACGGGUCACUCCAGCACGGGCUUUCUUAUUCACCGGCGUUGAUUACGCCGGGCCAGUCUCUCUCAGGAGCUGGCGGGGACGCGGGCACAAGACUUACAAAGGCUGGCUGUGCAUUUUCGUCUGCUUCACCACUUCGGCGAUGCAUCUCGAGGUCGUAACUGACGCCACCACUGACACAUUCAUCGCUGCAUUCCGCCGUUUCACCGGGAGACGGGGUCACGUGCAUACACUGUACAGUGACUGCGGAAAGAAUUUUCAAGGCGCGGAUGCAGAGCUACGGAGACUUUUCAACGGCGGGACUCGUGAAUCGCAACAGCUGGCGCAGUUACUGACCAACGACGGGACAAAGUGGGUUUUCAACCCCCCGGGCGCACCUCAUAUGGGCGGGAAAUGGGAAGCAGCGGUGAAAUUGGUCAAGUUUCACCUUCGGCGGACGCUUCGGGAGACCAGCCUCACGUUCGAAGAACUUACAACUCUUCUUACGCAAAUCGAGGCUGCGCUCAACUCACGACCGCUGCAACCACUCUCGGAAGAUCCGGACGAUCUCUCCGUACUCACCCCCGGGCACUUCCUCAUCGGGGACGCACUCACGGCUAUACCUGAGCCAUCACUUCGGGAUGUGAACCUCACUCGGCUGGCACGGUGGCAACUCAUCCAGGAACGGGUCCAAUACUGUUGGGAGCAUUGGUCAUCGGGUUAUCUCCAGCAGCAGCAAUCCAUCUCCAAAUGGCAUCACCCCUCUCACCAAAUCCGGGUUGGUACAAUGGUGCUGCUGACUGACGAGAGUCUACCUCCGCUCAAAUGGCCACUGGCACGGGUGGUCGAGGUUCAUCCGGGACCGGACGGGCUCAUUCGGGUCGUCACCAUUAAGACGGCGACCACGACACUCAAGAGGCCGAUCGCCAAACUAGCGGUCCUGCCAAUUCAUCCGGGAGAUUAA